UCGACGCCCUGCGGGGGUGCCAGGAGGUUCGGCGUGGGUCGCGGUGACCGCCGGAGUCACCCUCCAGUGUGCUGCCAGACCGGGCCCGUGCGGACAUCAGCGACGGUGUCACCCGACAGCGAAGGCGCGAUGGAGAAAGGACUGUCGAAGGCCCAGGGACCAAGUGGGGGACACCCUCUGGAAGUCCUGCCUUCCCUGAAUAGAGGAAUUUCGGAGGGAGCCAAAUCAUCGGAUGAAAGACCGACGAAGUAUGUGAAACUUGCGCGCGAAGGACGUCCAGAGGAAGAGAGAACGCAAGUAGUAAGCGCUGAGGAAGAAGCCGUUGACUUGGCUGAGCAAGCUUCAGGGGACGGCACCGGCCAGGCUGUGCUGCCAGAUGGGGCGGUGUUGCUAGAUCUGGGGGUGCCGCCGAGUGAGGUGGUACGGUUGGACCUCUCAGAUCUGGCCGAGGAUGAGGCGGAGACCAUCCUGGGAGUACUCGGCAAGGACUCCGUGUUCCGCGCGGAGGAAAAGGGACGCAUCGAUAAGAUCGAGGCCGAGGUGCACGAGGAAACAGUGCGCCAGCGCAGCCAGGAGCAGCGGCACAAGAACGCGCGGCGCGCCUGCCUCCGCUGCGGCCAGACCUUCCGCAUCCUCUUCAACAAGCGGCUGGAGUGCCAGCUGUGCGGCGCCAGCGUCUGCCGCCGCUGCGCCAGAUACGAGCACGGCCGGCGUGGCUGGCUGUGCCUCGUCUGCGAGCGCGAGAGGGAGUUGCAGGCCAACAAGUGGCUGUCUGAGAUUCAGUUGAAGCAUCGAGUCAGCAUACGGACCUCGACCGGCUCCCGAUUCUCGGAUAGCGAGGACGACUCCGGGUACGACCCGUCGGUGAGCCACGACGACGUACCCCGUCCCAAGCCUCCAGGCGGUCCGGCCCUCCGUGACCCCGACCACGUGACGGCAGAGGUCAGGGGUCACCUGGAGAACGUGGUCGAGACGCUGCUGGGGGAGUCCAUCCAGACCGCCAGCAUCAAACCGUCGCUGGCAGACCGGCCGCUGGAUGAGUCGUGCAGCCCGACGACGACGGUGGCCGAGCUGAAGGCGGUGCUGCAGCAGGCGCAGCAGGCAGCCAUGCGGCUGCCGCUCAGGCAGGAGGCCGACGGCACCCCGCUGGGGUCGCUGGAGUCGCGGGCCGAGUUGACCUCGCCGGACGGCUGCGGUGAGGAGCCGAACUCUCACACCUACGAGGAGAUCCUGGCUACUGCCGUCCUCAGCCGGCUGGGAGAAAAGGCGCGCCGCCCGGCCGCCGCUGCCCCCGCCGCCCCUGCUGCGCCCCCUGCCGGCUUCUGUGAUGCGGCCGUCCAGUCGGAGGACGUCACCCCCCUGCAGGCAUGUGACGUCACCUCGCUGGGGGCGGGCGCCGCACCCAGGAGUCGAAGCGAAGCGGAGGACUCGGAGUCCGAGGGAGCGGGGUACCACGAGGAGGAGGAGGAGGAGGAGGAGGGCUCCUCCGUACUGGAGAUUACAAUUGAGGAGGAGAUAGAAGAGAUCAUGAUGUACGAGAACGAGGAGGAGGGAGAUCACAAGUACGGAAACGCACCAGGAAGCAGGAGGGAAUCUGUGGCAUCCCAGUCCUCGACUGCCAAGUCCAGCAGCAGCGCGGAAGGAAGCGGGGGCGAGGACGUGUCGCUGCCGGGCCUCUCCAUCUCGUACUCGGACCUUGACUUUGCCGGCGGCCAGUCGGUGCCGUUCCCGGAGCUGGGCACCAGCCUGCCCCAAGUCUCGCCGCCAGAGGACUCUGCCUCGGACGCGGACCGCACCUCCUGGGAGGAGAACUGGCUGUUCCGGCGGCGGCGGCUGACCCAAGCCAACCGGCUGCUGGGCGAGGAGGCGGUGCCCAUGCUGGUGCCCGACCCCAGCCAGCGGGUAGCUGUCACCGUCGGCUCCCGGGACGUGGACGAGCUGUCUGACCUCUCAGAGCGCGGGUCGGAGUCGAGCCUGGAGGAGUGGCGCUCCGUCUCGCCGGCUGGGGAUGUCACGGCUCGGCUGCGGGCGGCACGUGACGCAGACCGGGACCGCUACCUGACGGGCCGGCUCGUCACCGCCCACAGCAAGCCUGCAACUGCGGCCGAUCCGGGGAAGACCAGAGCGCCCGGGGACGGUGAGCGGCAUUCCACCGAGUCUGCCCGGCCGGCGGCCGCUCCUGCCAGCAGGGCGGCGGCGGCCGCCGGCCCGGCGGAGGCGCCCUCGCGGAGCGCCAGCUCGCCGCACGACUCGGAGCUCGACAUCGAGCGAGCCUUCUGCGAGGUGUCGGAGCGCCUGGCCGCCGACGAGUCGCCGUUCGAGGCGGACCGCUCCUCCUCUGACUGUCUGCUGCGCGCAGAGCGGCGGUUCUCGGAGGCGGCCGUCGAGGCCGUCAGUCCCGCCGAGCGCACGCCGUCGGCCAGGGAGCUGCCGCCUGGCGCAUGCGCAGAGCUCGUCUCCCAGACCGGCUGCAUUGCGCACUUCCGCUGCAAGGUCCCGGUCGACGAGAAUUCGGAGACGCACUGGCUGCGAGACGGGGUGGUGCUGGAGCCGUCCGACCGGUACGAGAUGUACCGCGUGCGGCACCAUCACCACCUGGUGCUGUACGACGCGUGUCGCCGGGACAGCGGCCGGUACUCCUGCCUGGUGACAGCCGCCGGCGCCGAGACCUGGCACCACUUCACGCUCAAGGUGCUAGCAUCCAGCCGAACCGCCCAGAAGCCGUACUUCACGCUGGUGCCGGAGCGGCGGCACCAGGUGGUGUCAGACUCCGCCCAGAUCGAGCGCCACAGCGGCGGGGAGUGGGUGCUGGUGCUGCGCCAGCUGACGGAGGUCGACGCCGGCGCGUACCAGGUGCAGGCGGCCAACAGUCACGGCUCGGCCCGCCACCAGUUCGAGGUGGCGGUUCUGCCGCGGCCCGAGCCGCCGCCGCUGCCGGAGACCCCGGUCGUGCAGCGGGAGAGCUCUGCGCCGGUGCGGCCGCGCGUGCGGCUGACUCCGGCCACCUCGCCGCCGGCCUCGUACGUCACCUCCCGGGACGAGGCGCUCAAGGAGACCAGCCUGACCGAGGCCUGCAACUCGGUCAUCCUGCGAGCGCGGCCGGCGCGCGUACGGUCUCCGGUGGAGGGCGGCAGAGACUCGGAGUCCGACGGGGAGGAGAUCUGCCGACCCCAGCUCCGCUCAGGCACGAUUGCCGAGCGCGAGUACCGCAAGUGGGAGAACGCCGUCGCCAUGCCGAACAACCCUUACACGCUGGAGCGGGUGCGCCAGCGCCACAGCCGCCCGGUGGACCGCACCGGCUACUACUCCAGCUGGUCAGGUGGGUAA